CUGAAAUUCUCGGCCAUUCUAGCCACAGUUCAGCGGUGUCUUUCCUGAAGAAGUAAAGUGUACCUAUUCCGUUUCGUGUUCGCGGUUCUAACAAAAGAGGAAUAUCAAUCAAAAUGGUUUUCAAAUUCGUUGCUGUUUUCGCCUUGCUGACCGUGGCUGCUGCUGAGCUCUACAACCCGAAUCAAUACCAUCAUCAGCAGUAUCAACAACAGUACCAGCAUCAGCCUCAGCCUCAGCUGCAGUAUCAGCAGCAGCACUAUCAGCCCCAAUACCACCAACCUCAAUACCAUCAGCCUCAGUACCACGCUCAGCCAGCCCUGGUCAAAACUGUUCAGCCAGCCAUCGUCAAGACCGUGCAGCCCGCUUUGGUCAAGACCAUCCAGCCAACCCUGGUCAAGACCGUGAAGCACGUCGAAUACGCCGAUACCCCAGCUGAGUACCAGUUCGCUUACGAUGUCCAUGAUCAUCACACCGGAGAUGUCAAGAGUCAGCAGGAAGAACGUCACGGAGACAACGUCAAGGGAGUCUACACGUUGAUCGAUGCCGAUGGUUUCCGUCGUAUUGUCGAAUACACCGCCGAUGAGCACAACGGAUUCAAUGCCGUGGUCCGCCGUGAACCCAUUGAAGGACACAAGAUCGUCAAGGCCGUUGCACCAAUCGCCAAAGUGAUUGCUCCAGUUGCCCCAGUCGCUUAUGCUGCUGCUCCAGCCGUGACCAAGUACAUUGCCCCAGCUGCUCCAGCUCACUACUACCAGCAAGCUCCAACCAAGGUUUACACCGCCCCAAUUGCCAAGGUUGCCGUUCCAGCUGUCACCAAGGUUGCCCUCCCGGUCGCUAAGGUUGCCUAUGCCCCACAGCACGAUACCAUCAACCACGUUCAGUUCAGCGGACACUCUGCUAACUACAACUACUUGAUGCUGGUACUGAGGUUCGUGAUGGCUGUAGUGAACCUGAGGAGCGACGAUCUUCUGGACCGGGCUGUAGACCUUGGCAACUGGAAUAGGGGCGGCAACGACCUUGGCUACUGGAGCAAUGGUUUUGACGAUCUUGUGUCCUUCGAUUGGUUCCCGACGGACGACGGCAUUGAAUCCGUUGUGCUCAUCGGCGGUGUAGUCCACAAUACGACGGUGACCAUCGGCAUCGAUCAGGGUGUACUGCCCCUUGACGUCGUCUCCGUGACGUUCUUCCUGUUGGCUCUUGAUAUCUCCGAGAUCGUCCCAGCGCAGUCAGUCAUCUUAAUAGUGGUAGCUCAGGCUUGGGGCCGAGAAGCUAACAGUGGAAAGGUGGGCAGUUGGGACAGCAACCUUGGCGACCGGGAUGGCAACCUUGGCAACGGGAGCAACGUAGUGGUGAGCAACUGGGACGGCAACCUUGGUCAGAACAGGAGUGACGGUCUUCACGAUCUUGUGUCCCUGGACUGGUUCACGUCGGACGACAGCGUUGAAUCCGUUGUGUUCAUCGGCGGUGUAGUCCACAAUGCGCUUGUAACCAUCGGCAUCGAUCAGGGUGUACUGUCCCUUGACAUCGUCUCCGUGACGUUCUUCCUGUUGGCUCUUGAUGUCUCCGGUGUGAUCAUCAUGCACGGAGUAAGCAAAGUGGUACUCAGCUGGAGCAUCGUGAUGAUCGUCAUGCUUCAGAACAGCCAAUGGGAGGACAGCAGCACUAGCGGCAGCAACCAGGGCGCACAGAGCCAGGAACUGAAAUUUGAAAUCAGGAUUGAAUUCUGUGUUAUCAAACUAGUCUCACAAAACUUCUGCAGCCACCUUAAUGGCCCCCGUCAAGAGAUCGAAAAUACUAACCGGGUACUUGGUGGUCAAAGUUCUCUAUCGAAUGGACACGAACGGAUGGACGGGCGGACAUUCAUGUUAGCCAAAGAUUUAGAGGUGACAACCAGACGCCGCCACCUGCAGCCCGACGGAGCAAUGUCUUUCAAAUUCUUCGCCCUCCUCGCUCUGGUUGCUGCUGCCAGUGCCGUCGUUCUUCCGGUGGCUGUCAAGCAUGUGGAAUACCACGAUGCCCCAGCUGAGUACCACUUCCAGUACUCGGUCCAUGAUGAUCACACCGGAGACAUCAAGAGCCAGCAGGAGGAACGUCAUGGAGACAACGUCGUCGGACAGUACACCUUGAUCGAUGCCGACGGUUACCAGCGCAUUGUCGACUACACCGCCGAUGAGCACAACGGAUUCAACGCCGUCGUCCGACGAGAGCCUCUUGGACACAAGGUCGUCAAGGCCGUCCCAGUUGCCAAGGUCGUUGCUCCAGUCCUGACCAAGGUUGCUGUCCCAGUUGCCAAGGUUGCCUACCCUACCUACUAUCAUCAUUAAGUCAUCACCCAUCCGCCGCAUUGACAUUGCAAACUGUGCCAUAAAUCAUGUUGCUCAUCUCAUGUGUUCUAGCUACAAUUGAAAUGAUAGAAAAAAUAUUUAUUAAACUCAAAUCUUGAUAAACAAGACAAAACUGAAA